AUGACCGGUUUCAGCCUAGUCAUCUACCAAUUGGGCAAGUUAAAGGUCCCGCUAGGGGAGCACGCGAUUCCGACGCCAAGCCAGGAGAGGCAGGUCGGUGUGUCUCGACACGCCAACAAGAAAGUGUCCUUUGCCUCCGGAUGCUGUGUGUGUGUGUGUGUGGACGGCGUGGACAGACAGACGAACGGGAAGACGAUGUCGUUGGAAAUGGAGGAAAUGGGAGAGAAGGAAAUCAAAAAGGGUAUGAUACAGGACAAUGAAAUAUGUGCCCACAGUUUAUGGGGUCUUGGGGAUCCUAUUUUGCUCACUUGA